AUGGGGACAUUGUUCUGGAUUUGUAAUGGGGCAUUUAGACUUCGGGCAUCUCAGCUUCGAGCUGCCGCCCAACGUGCAGAGGAAGUUGCAGCAAAUACUAGUGUCGAAGUGGAUAUGACAAACUAUGAACAUCCACACCCUCAGUACCCAUUCAAAGCCACCCCUUCAUCUCUGAAAAACGAAUCAAACAAGGGACUUCGCCUUCGAACAAUAAUGGUGUCCAAUCUUCCUAGCUCUCUCAGAAACGAAAAAGACCUUCAAGAAUACUUUGAAUAUUACAUGUCGCGCAAGGUCGAAAAGCCAUCCAUGGGUCUGACAUCAUCUACACAACCAGGGUUUCUCAACAAGUCGUUUGCCUUCUUGUUCAAUCGGGCCAAGCGACUUCCCGCACAUAUCCCGAAUCCCUUGGCUGGUCGACAGGAACACAGUUCUGAGGAUAGCAAAGAGGAGAGGAGAAAAUCCAAGGGCAAUCAAGACUUCCCGAUUAUCGAACGAGUGGUCGUCGCGCGAAAGAUGACUGAACUUGCGUCAUUGCUAGCUCGUAGAGAAGAGAUACUUGUACUCCUUGAAACUGCUCACAUCAAGUUGGCCAACAAGGCUUUGUUGGCGGUGAAAGCGGCUAUGGAACGUAAACAGGCACACAAGCCAAUGCCUCAAAUUACAUCUAGAGCUACAGAAAUAGCCAGACAACGUAGGUCGAUGGGCGUUGACGCUGAACGAGGUGUUCCUCAAGAAGAUGGUGCCUUGGACGAAGAAGAGAGAAUGGAACAACUCAUUGAAGUCCUGGGGCCCUUCGUUGAGCAAUUUGACACACAGCGCCCACUUUCCACCCGAUCAAAGAAAGCGGUAUCGAGAGCUUCGCGACAAGCUUUUAGGAAACUUCGGGCUCACCCAUCCGAAGAUUCGGACAAUUCUGAUUCACCGGUCAACAAUUAUACCUUUGCUUCCUCUAGGAACGUCCCUGACAAUGGAGAGAAGACCAUCUGGGAUGCAUUGUUAUCCUUGCCACGGACUAGCCUCGACGCCUAUCAACCUCUCGUCAAUCUUAGCCAUCUAUUCAGAGGGAAGAUCGUCCCGUCGAUUGACUAUUACACCGCAAAGCUCAACCUUUUAACUUCACUAAUAACUGAAAAUCGCGCAAAAGCUGUCACAGAUUACGACCCUGUAUCAACAGCGUUCGUUACUUUUGCAGACCCUGCAGAUGCAAGAAGAGCAUGCAAAUAUCUUGCAGUGCACCCCAAUAAUCCACUUGCAUGCUUGGUGACUAUGGCGCCUGCUUAUCAUGAUAUUGACUGGACUAGGGUCAUGAAGUCAACUUACAGAGGAGAGUUCGUGAAGGAUUGGGUUGUCAAUAUCGGUGUUUGGGGAUUUACUUUGUUCUGGAUCUUCCCAGUAUCACUCCUUGUCGGUUUGGUGUCGAUUCAGAACAUCAGUUUGUUUUGGCCUAGUUUGAAAUCGUACCUUGACCGACACGCAUGGGAAAGUGAAGUUAUCCAGUCCUUCAUACCCACAAUUCUCGUGGCACUGCUGGCCCUUCUUAUUCCUCUCAUCCUCCUUCUAAUCGCAAAGAAGGCUCACACGAUAACGACCCUUUCUGCUCUUCACGACCUCAUCAUGACAAGAUACUACAAAUUCUUGAUAGUCAAUGUCCUUGUUUUCUUUUGUGUGGGUACUGCAGCCCUGAACUCUUUCCUGAACGUUUUUCGAUCUACCGAACGUCCUAAUAUCAUUAAUACGGUUGCCUCGAGUUUUCCUACUGCGGGCCCCUUUUAUGUUGGAUGGCUUAUUUUCACGACUGCUAUGCAUGGAGGGUUCGAAUUGGCUCUAUAUUGGUUACCCAAUCAUACACUACUUAUCCAUGUAUACGCGAAGAACUAUGAAGGGGAAGGCCGUGUACUUAUCAUCCGAAUCAUUCGGUACACGCUCGAUGGUCUGAUAUUGUCCCAAGCUGUAUUUCUUGCAUACAUGGUCGUCCUCAAAAAAAGUGUGAAUGUCGGACUGGCGGGAUUUUUAAUUGUGUUUACGGUCUUCGUGAAGCUAAUAAUGACUCGGAUGUGCCGUGCCCAGUUCGAGCACGAUGACGUUAUUGAGGCCGACAUUAUUUGCCAUGGUCAUCGAGUGGAACCAACGAACACAGAAGAUCCUGGAUCACUUGAACUCAUCAGCAAUCCUCACCAACCAUUGACUUCGGAUGUAAUUGACUUUGGUCGCCCUCAAUUAUCCGCUCUUACUUGGAAACUGCCUGCCUGGGUGAAUUUCUCGUACAAAACAAUGAAUCGGAGAGGACCUCGAGUGCAGCGGAGAGGAGAAAAUCCUUUUAGGCUCCCUCAGGACAAGGAAGACUCAGAACAACCACCAUCCACUGCCGUGACGACCCCCACUGUAAGACUCAUAAGUGCCCCAUCUACCGUGCAUACGUCUAAAGAAGAAGGGACAUCGAGCGCUGUCAACACUAGACCUGAUGGUUAUCCGUGGGACACUCAACGACAUCAUCGCUCCGACAGCAUACCAUCGCCCGGACCUGUUGUUAAAUGCCCACCCCCCAUACCAUGGGAUGAUCAAGAUCCUAUGGAUUUACCAUAUGAUAAUCCAUAUUAUACCAAGUCCAUUGAAAAUGUAUUAUGGCUGCCUAGGAACCCCAUGGGAAUUCUCGACUUGGAUGAUACCGUUUACCUCAAGUGCUCAAUACCCGUAGAAGUCUCCGCAGGACGCCUCGGCACUUGGCUCGGGCUGGGGGAGACAGCUUCGCCAGAUGAACUCUCACAAAUCUCUCAGCAACCCUCACCGCCUGAAAACGGACCACGCUCUCCUAGUAUACUGCAUACCGCACUACCAACAUUACCGGAUGUCGACGGUACUGAGGAUAUCGACUUACCCUUUGGCAUUGCCAAACGCGUCAAAGCCAAGGAAACUGAUAUAGAAAACACUCUCCGUCCGAGAAAAUCAUCUAUGUUCCUUCGCAAAGCCAGUGGCGACAAAGCCAGCAUCGCCAGUGCAUCGAUUCGCCAGCGACGUCCCUCCAUUCUUGAUCGCACUCCUAAUCUAUCUCCCUAUCAAGCCCAACCAGGCCGAGCUCGAUCUGCCUCCGUCCUCUCGGCGUUCCCUCUUCCGUCGUCUUCUGCAGUGGAGCGGGCCCACACUCAAGAUGAAGUGGGCGUCCGCCCAGACGCACAUGCACAGGCAGAUUUUAUUGCGGCUAACAAUUCCUCGUCUCAUGUUUCUCUACCAUUACCCAAAAUAUCUCGAAGCCAGAAUGUUUCUGCUGCCCAAGCCAUCUACCACGAGGUCUUGGAAGAAGAGCGACAAGCACUGCAUGAACGCAUAGAAGAGGAAACGCUUGAAGCAACGCAAAUGCAAACUUCAAAAUCUUGGCUUACUUCAUGGGCAUUCAAGAAAACGGAAUGA